AAAAGAUAUUAUUUUGGUUUCUGAAAAUAAUAACGCAGAUUUUUGUACAAGUGAGUUUAUUUUCGACCCCCUCCCACAUCCCUCGUCCAUAUUUAUUCAUUUGGAUCUUCGGAAAUUAAAUUAUUUCAAUUAUUUUUAGAUAUUAGCAAACCUUUAGAUUUAUCGAUCACUUUUACAACAAAAAAUCAGUGCUCGUUGCCGAAAAAAAAUAAUGGGAAGUCAAAGAAUAUGCUACCUUGUGAUAUUUGCGGCAAAGAAUUCGACAGACCUUCGUUGCUAAAAAGACAUAUCAGGACUCAUACAGGCGAGAGACCACAUGUGUGUGAAAUUUGUGGAAAAGGGUUCUCUACGUCUAGUUCUCUGAAUACUCAUAAAAGGAUUCACAGCGGAGAAAGACCUCAUCAAUGUCGGAUUUGUGGAAAACGUUUCACAGCCAGUUCAAAUUUAUACUACCACCGACUCACUCAUUCUGCAGAAAAACCUCACAAAUGUGAUAUUUGCGGCAAGUCUUUCCCAACUCCUGGUAAUCUAAGAUCACAUAAAUAUUCGCACGAAGGAUUAUCGCCGUAUAAAUGUAACUUGUGUAACAGAAUGUUCUCAAAACAAGUUAAUCUGAAAAACCACGUAAAUUUACACAAAAUAAAAUAA